UCACACACUAACACACACUACUUUGAUACUUCCUUCCCCUAACUGGCUGACCUAUUAUGGAGUGACUUGAACUCACUGUGUGUCAGACGGCUCUGCUCUGGGAAGUGGAACAACAAGCAAAAGAAGAUUUUCCCAUCAACAUUUGAGACAACAAUGGAAACUACAAGCUAUUAUUCUGGAAACACGUUGACAUUCAACCCUGAUUAUGAGGAGCCUAGAGUGUCUGUGGUGUCUUGGCUCGCUAUCCUCUACCACUUUAUGUUCCUUUUCAGUCUCUUUGGAAAUGGGCUUGUCCUGGUCAUCAUUUAUCAGUUUGAGAAACUGACCACUGUGACCAACAUCUUGCUGCUGAACAUGGUGGUGUCCUCUCUGAUCUUCAUGAGCAGCCUUCCUUUCACGGCAGUCUACAAGCAGCUCACCGCCUGGAUCUUCGGGGAUGUCAUGUGCAGGAUCGUUGGUAGCCUCUACUAUCUGGGCUUCUACAGUUCAGUCCUCUUUCUCACUCUUUUGACCUUCGACCGACACCUUGCAGUUGUGUACUCCUUGAACGCGAUGCGAGUGAGGAAUCAAAGAUAUGCCGUAAUCUCAUGCGCUGCAAUUUGGGUGGUCAGCGGCUUGGCGUGCAUCAGGCCAAUGAUUCUCUACAGAACUUUCACCUUUUUGAACCAAACCCUCUGUCAGGCGUACCCUUUGGAGGUAGACACUGUUGAUGAAAAAAUGUUGAGAUUAUCUGGAUUUUACCUCCAGCUUUUGCUUUUCUUGAUCCUUCCUCUGGCUGUUAUUAUCUAUUGCUACGUUAGGAUUGCUAUCUCUGUCAUCUCGACCAAAAUAGUUACCAAGUUCAAAACUGUCAGGUUGAUAUUUUUCAUUGUACUGCUUUUUUUUGCUUGCUGGACUCCAUACAACAUUGUCUGGUUGAUGCAUAAUCAAGCCACCGAGGAGAAUGAGGAGUUGCUCCAUGGUUAUCUUGAAAUCACACGUACCAUUGCUUACUUUUACUUUUGCAUCAGUCCUAUCUUUUACACAUUUGUUGGGAAAAAGUUUCAGAACCAUUUCAAAGUGCUGCUGGUGAAACGUUUUCCUGGUUUAAAGAGGCAUGUUUCUGUCAGUCAACACAGCAGAACCAAUAUGUCUACAAAAAGUAUGCGAAACGAGAUUUAGCAAUGGCAGAGCCUUUUGUUUCCCAGGAUCAGGACCAUAUUUGGUUAUCAAUUAUACUAAAUUCACUGUUUUCAAGCUGUUGACAUUUUUCUGUACAGUUGUGAUCAAUGGUCUAAAAAGAAGCUAUUGCCAUAUAUGUAUUUGCUAAUGAUGGUAAAAAAAAAAAAAAAAAAAAAAAAACAUAAUUCACGCCCAUCCUCCACAGCAAAAAUGCACACUACACCCUCAUUUAGUUCUGCUUUACUGGCCCUACAAAUGCAGCAAAUCCUGAGAUGGAUUUCUAUCAUCUCUGAGAUGAGUUUCUCCUUUGAAAAUGUAAAUACACAUUGAGGCUAUGGCUAUGCAGACAUACCUCAAGGACAACUGUUUGGGCCAUUUGUGUUUUCUCCAUUUCCAGUAGAGAUUAAUAAUAGUGAAGAGAACAUUAAAAACAUUGAACCAUAACCAUAUAUGGUUAUGGUAUGUUUCCAUGAAGACUUUAGUGUUUUACUCCACAAUAAUGAAUGAAGUGGGCCAAAUCAUUGUCCUUUAGAAAUUAGUCAAAUGGCUGUUUGUUCAUACAUUUUUAUUGAUUUUGUCCAUAUAUCAAUCUUAUGUCUAUUUGUAUAUUUGUUUAAGUUUACUCUUGCAUUUGCCUGUGUAAACCCAAGCUGUUUAAUCCAAUAAACCCUUAUAAUCUA